AUGCACGCGAUCCUAGCCCCCGUCCGCGCGCUCGCGCCCGCGUCCGCCCGCCGCGUCACCCCCACCGCCAGAUCGCAGCGGCGCCGCGUGGCCGUCGGGAGGACCGCCGCGAACGCCGGACCCAUCGUCGCGCUCGGCGCGUCCGUCUCCGCGGGUGACGCGAACGUCGUCGAUGCGAAGCACGCGCGCGCGGUGAGCGAGGUCGCGGCGCGGUGGCGGACGGAGGAGGAGGGCGCGGCGCCCGCGACACGCGCGGGAAGGGUGGAGGAACUGGACUCGACGGAGAUGGACUCGACGGCGGUGGCGGCGACGGCGCUGUUCGCCGCGUUCGCUUUCGCCUUCUUCGCCGGCGUCGACCCGGCGGUCGCGGCCGACUCGCUCGACGCGAUCGACGCCCCGCGCGAGGUCUUCUCGUUGGCGGGCGGCGAGGUCCCGUUCUGGGCCAACAUGGUCAAGUACGCCAGGUUCAGCAUCUCGAUCAUGGUCGGGUUUGCGUUCAUGUUCGGUCGGCCGGUGGUGGCGGCGCUGAAGAAGCCGCAGACGGCGAUCCUGGUGCUCGGUGGAGGGUACGGGGCGGUGCGGUUCUUCCAGUGGACGAUCGAGACGAUGUCGGGGGUCAACGACCCGAUGACGAUGACCUACUGA